UUUCCCUAAAUAAACAAAGAUUCACCUGCUCCAAGACACGAUCCACUUGCUUGAUAAAUAAAAAUUUCUGAAAUACAUGAAGCAAGCGAUAAUGGAAAGAGACUUGAUCGCAGCUUCUUCUGUAUCGUUGUCUUCAUGUGUCAUCCCCAUCAGGUGCUCUCCAAUCCAAUGUGAAGUGAGUUCAAAAGUCUCAAUUCUACUGUAGCCAUUUCCAUAAACUUCUUACAGAUUCAGUUUCAAUGCGAAUGAGUUUAAACAAGUCUUGCUUUUUUUUUUUUGGACCUUUAGAAAUCCUUUGAUAUGUUGAAACAGAGAAUCGAAGCUUAAAGAAAAGAUCUUUAGCCACUUCUAGACCAAGUUUUUCCGACAUGGCUUCCUCAUCUGCAUCUCGUACAUCUGACUAUGACGUCUUCCUCAGUUUCCGUGGUGAAGACACUCGACAUUCUAUCGUGAGCCAUUUGUACGCAGCACUUGCUAGUAGAGGAAUUGUUACCUUCAAAGACGACAAAAGGCUUGAGUUAGGCGAUCACAUUUCUGAAGAACUCCACAGAGCCAUUGAAGGUUCAAAUUUUGUUGUCGUGGUUCUCUCAGAGAACUACCCUUCUUCCAGGUGGUGCUUAAUGGAGCUCCAAAUGAUAAUGAAGCAUCAGGUGGAGGGAAGAAUUGGUGUCUUUCCAGUCUUCUAUAGAGUAGAUCCCUCUGCCGUGAGACAUCAGCAAGGAAGUUUCGAUCUAGAAGGGUACGAACGUGAUCCACAAAUGGCAGAUAAGGUUCCCAAGUGGAGAGAAUCUCUAAAAAUGAUAGCUGACCUAUCUGGUGUGGCAUCUGGACAGUGCAUUGAUGAGGCAACUAUGGUUCGGAAAAUUGUCGAAGAUAUUUCAAGGCGCAAGGCGAUGAUGCAUAAGAUAGACUUCAGAAAUAUUGUUGGGGUGGAUACUCACAUGGAAGGUCUCACGUCUCUCUUGGACAUGGACUCCAAUAAUGAUGAGGUUCGUAUGAUUGGAAUCUGGGGAAUGGGAGGCAUUGGCAAAACAGCCAUCGCCAAGUGUCUCUAUGACCAGCUCUCAUCUCAUUUUACAACCAGGUAUUUCACAGAAGACAUUAAGGGUAUUUAUAAAGACCUUGAUCUACUGCAUUUGCAAAACAAACUUCUCUACAAUACCCUUGGUGAUGAUAUAACGCCGUGGAGCGUGGAAGCUGGACGUGAGGUCAUAGCAACAAGACUUGGGAACCACAAGGUUCUUCUUGUGCUUGAUGGUGUGGAUAAUUUGGUGCAGAUCCAUGCUCUGGCAAAAGAGACAAGAUGGUUUGGUUGUGGUAGCCGAAUAAUCAUAACCACCCGAGACAGGGGCAUGCUCAAUAGCUGUGGAGUAAAAGCCAUCUAUGGGGUUCAGUGUUUGGACGAUAUGGAUUCCCUGCAGAUGUUUAAACAGAUAGCUUUCGAAGGAGGCAGUCCUUCUGCUGAAUUUGAUGAUCUCUCAAUCCGAGCAGCUCAGCUUGCCCAUGGGCUUCCUUCUGCAAUUCAAGCUUAUGCCUUAUUUCUCCGUGGAAGGGCCAACUCUCCUGAGGAAUGGGAAGAAGCAGUAUGUGGACUUGAAAGUACUCCUGACGAGAAUAUAAUGGAAAUCUUAAAAAUUAGCUACGAGGGAUUAGCAAAACCACAUCAGAAUGCUUUUCUUCAUGUUGCAUGUCUCUUUAAUGGAGACACUUACAGGCGUGUCACUUCACUACUUGUUCUUAGCAGACGUGAAAGUAACUUGUGGAUGAGAGUUUUAGCAGAGAAAUCACUCAUAAAUAUAACAAGUAAUGGAUUUGUAAUCCUGCAUAAGCUGGUUGAACAAAUGGGAAGGGAAAUUAUGCUUGACAGUGGAAAAUUCAUCGGGGAUCCUGAGAAAAUUCAUGAUGCACUAGAUUACCGAGAAGGAAUAGGCCAGACUGAAAGUAUCUCCCUACACACAUGUGAAAUGAAAUGUCCAUUUUCGAUGGAGACCGGUGUAUUUGGCAAAAUGUAUAAACUUAGAUUUGUCAAGGUCUACAAGCAUGUUGACGACAGAGAAUCGAGACUGCAGGUGAUUCCUGACGAUGUUUACCCUUCCAUGAAUUGUACCCUACUCCACUGGGAUGCAUUUCCAUUGCGCACAUUGCCACUCAUGUUUAAUAAAUAUGGUCUUGUGGAACUCAUUCUGCGUCACAGCAACCUCGAAACACUAUGGAGUGGAGUACUGAAGUUCAGUAAUUUGAAGAAACUAGAUGUGACGGGAUCUAAGAAUCUCAAACAACUUCCAGACCUUUCAUGUUCCGAGAUGCUUGACGAGUUGAUGAUAGAACAAUGCAAGAGACUAAAAGGAAUUCCAGAGUCAAUUGGAGAAAAGUCUAGCCUAAGCAGCCUUAAUCUAUCAUACUAUGGCGGGCCUAGGAGUCCCCUGGGUGUUGUAAUAGGGAAUGUGUCUCAUACACAACAUAUUACACUGGAGUUCCCAACUGCAAGAGUGGAAAUGCAACUAAAGAAUAUAUUGAUCACAGGAGACAUAAAAUUUCGUGUUUUUGCCGAUUGUGAAGGAUAUGCGGAAUACUUCUCCUUUAGAUCUGAGCAAAAGAUCCAUGGUACAAAGACAGUAAGUGUCCACCAAGCUCCUCGGAUCAUCUCCGAUUUCAAAAAUUCUACUUCACUCAAUAUCAGGAGGUUCAGCUACAGAGAGAACAGUCGACCUGUCACCUUUCAGAGUUUUCCACAUAUACCUGGCCUGGAAGAUCUAAAACUAGUCAACUUAAACAUCCAAAAGCUGUCAGAUGCGAUUGGUCACUUUGAAUUCUUAGAGAAACUGGACUUCAGCGGAAAUGAUUUUGAGAGCUUACCAGAAGAUAUGAAUAGACUUUCCCGGUUGAAAACUCUCUGUCUUCGAAACUGUAGCAAACUCAAGGAAUUGCCAGAGCUAACUCAGGUGCAGUCACUCACUCUUUCCAACUGUAGGAGCCUCAGAUCAUUGGUGAAACGCUAUGAUGCAAGUCAAGAUCCGGGCAUAUACUGUUUGCUUGAGCUUUGCCUUGACAACUGCAAGAAUGUGAAGUCGUUGUCAGAUCAGCUUAGUCACUUCCCGAAGUUGACAUUUUUAGAUCUGAGCAGCCAUGACUUUAAGACACUGCCAUCAAGCAUCAGAGAUCUUACAUCACUGGUAACUAUCUGCCUCAAUAACUGCAAGAAACUCAAAUCACUAGAAGAACUUCCACUGAGCCUUCAGUUUCUCGAUACAGAGGGUUGUGAUUCUCUUGACGCUGAUGCUUUAGAACAUUUUAAAGGGAGACUAAACAAAGAGGUGAAUAUUCUGGUCUCGACCCAUCUCUCUACUAUGGUUUAUUUAGUCUAUACAUCACCUUCCUUCUCUUUCAGGUACCAUCACGGCCGGAUAUUGCCUGUUUCCAAGAAACUGAGAUGCUGAGUUACGAACAGGAUCACGAAGGCAGUAAGAGUCGUCUCCCCAAGUUCCUAUGCUGCUCACAUUUCUAGUUAUUCCUACAGGCUCCUCUUUAUGAUUGUUCUUUUCAAAUUUCUCCCGUGGGAACAGCUACGUUUAUGAGGUUGUAAAAUAUCUUUAUGAAGACUAAAGAGAUUUUUCACCAUAUAGCUAGAUAUGUCUGAUAAGACCUCGUAGAGGUGUUUAUAAACACAAUGUAACACAAGAAGUUCUAAAAAAACAAAGUUUUCAGGUAUUAGUUGCAUUAGCUUCACUCAAGAUUUAUCAGACAUGUCUUCAAACUA